AUGGACCCUCAGCUCCUCCUCAACUCGUCGUCGUCACCCAACUCGAUCAGCCCGCCGCCCAUCCUCAAGCUCCCCGACGAGCUCCUCGACGGCAUCUUCAUCCUUGCCUACGCCGCGCAGGCCCAACGCAGCCUCGCGCGCAAGCCCAUCUGCCGCCGCCUGUACCCGUUCCAGCGCGCCAACCUGUACCGCGCCGUCCGGGUCGAGAGCUACGACGCGCUCGCGAGCUUCUGCCGCACCGUCAAGGCUGUCCCUCGUGCGCGCGCGUCCGUCCACGAGCUGCAGCUCGACAUGGCCAUGUCGGUCAACUCGCGACCGGCGAGCUCGUCGGCGCCGAACAGCGCCGUGCGCGCAAGCGCGGCGGGCGACGUCGGCAUGGACCUCGAGAGUUCGGGCGAUGAGAGCGAUGGCGAGGAGCUCGUCGCCGAGGGCGCGGUCAAGAACGUGCUCAUCGUCGGGCCUCGCCGUUUGUCGAACCUGUUCGCUCGCCUCGGCAACCUCAAGGUCCUCAAGACCGCCUGGCUCGACGACGGCCUCCUCGACUUCCUUCUUGAAGACGACGAUGAGCUGUUGUGUGCGCGCAUCGAGGACCUCGGCAUCACGGCCGACGCCGACCACUACCGCUGGUACGGCGACGCGUGGUUGUUCCAGCUCGCCGACUUCGCGCGCCUCAAGUCGUUCACGUUCGAGUUCGUCGACGAGCCGGUCCUGUUGCGGUUCGACGAGCUGUACCCUGUUUUCGGCGCCCUCACCCGCCUGUCGCUCGCCGGCAUCGAGUCCGUGCAGUGGGAGGCGCCUGUCCUCGCCGUAGCGAUGCCGCACCUCGUCGAACUCGAGCUGCGGGAUCACGGCGAGGAUGCGUCGUUCGCCGUCAUCUUGCGUCAAGCACCUGUCGGGCUCCGCCGUCUGUGCCUCAUCUCACGGGCUUGCGACCCGGACGCCGUCGGCGCGUACCCUAUGGGUACCCUCGACGACGUCUUGCCGAGGUUCACCCGCCUCGAGGACCUCACGCUGUGCGAGGGCUCGUUCACGGCCGACCGCCUUGGCCCGUACCUCCAGUCGCUCCCCGACAUCCACACGCUGUCGUUCGGCCUCGGCGCCGAGGCCGGCGACAGGCUCCUGCGCGACCUCCUCGAGGGUCCGCACCGCCGUCCUCGUCUCCAACACCUCACCCUCGACCACGUCGAGUGCACCCGAGGACCCACGUUCAGGAGCAAAGGCUGUCGGCACCCGCCGGGCCGCCACAUCCGCAACUUCUACAUGUGGCCCGGCUGGUACCGCGCCUCUUGGCGCUAUCCAUGCACCGAGGCGGGCGUCGCUGCGGCGGUCAGGGCGGCCAAGGCGAACGGCGUCGUCGUCGACGGUACAGCGCUCGACACGAUCGGGUUCGACGACGCGUGGGAGCACGAGAUGUUCGAGUGUCUUCUCGAGUACGGGUUCGAGACGGGCGACUAUUCGGACGUGCGCGAGUGGGUCGGAGGGCAGGGCCUCGAGGACGUCAUUCACGACAUGGAGAUCAUCCGGCGCGAGGUGCUCGAGGGCUUGUGGUAG